AUGAAGCUUUUGUUAAUCGGCCUGAUUUUGGGGAUCGUGAUUCUGAGAGAGAUUCGGGCACGUGAGGCGAUCACCUCUGCUCCAGAUGUGGGUCAAAUCAUCAAAGAUCUCGAUGGACUGCAAAUCGAUGGAGCGACAUUUGAGCGAGGAGCUCCCUGCCGAGUGGACGUGCAAAAGGACCUGCCCCGCCCCGACCAGGCGCAGCCCCUGUACCUUCGCCCCGGCACGGAUCUCUACUGGCUGCCCAAUGCCGAUGGACACCUGGAGAUUCCCCGCGGCGCCAGCAUCGAGCUGCACUGCAGCAGCCAGUCCUUUGCCCCCUUGAACGGCGAGUCCUUGGAUGCGGAACUCCGGUCGCUUCGGGUGAAGUGUGUGCAGGACAACACCUUCGAGUGGCAGGGGGCGAAAAUCAAAUUGCGCGACUUGGUCUGCAGUCACUCCAUUCCCUACACCGUGGAGCGUUUGGACAGGCGCUGUGCGGAUGGCGAUGUCACCUCGAGUCCCAGCACCUCGUUCCUGUAUCGAGUGGGCUACGACACCGGAGAUGGCAGAUUUGUGGCCACCAUGGAGCUGUGCCACGACCCGAAUCACCUGCGCACCCACUACGCGCGCCAUCAGCUGACGCCGGCCAGUGUGCACUUUCAGAAAAACGUGAAACGCCUGAAGUUCAGCCCCGCCGGCCAUUUCGCGGGCUUUGACAUGGCCAGGAUUUAUUCGCACAAGAGCCAGGAGAAACUGAUGGCCCCGCUCGGCCUCAUCGACGUGAAGAGCGGGUUGUUCCUGGCCCGCGGUCAUCUGGCCGCCAAGGCGGACCUCAUCUAUGCCAGUCAGCAGAGGAGCAGCUUUAACUACAUGAACGUGGCGCCCCAGUGGCAGAGCUUCAAUGGGGGUCAGUGGGCCGUCCUGGAGGACCACACCCGGCGAUAUGUGGCCAGCUCGGGAAUCUCGGCGAGCGUGUAUACGGGCACCUAUGGCGAAAUGAAGUUGGCCGGCAGCAAAAGCCUUCACCUGACCACCGAUGCCAAUAACAACGGGGUGUUGGCCGUUCCCCAGCUCUUCUAUCGCGUCCUCAUCGACGAUGGCCAUCCGACCCGCGGAAUCGCUUUGCUGGGUGUCAACAAUCCGCACGCCACCCUCGCCCAGAUCCACGAGUCCUAUAUCAUCUGCGAUCCCGUCGAGGAGCAGGUGGAGUGGCUCGGCUGGAUGCACAAAAGCAACGCCAAGGGUAACCUGAAGAAGGGCUAUCUGUAUGCCUGCUCGGUGGCGGAUUUGGCCCGGGCUGUCGGAGAGCUGCCACGCCCCCUUCUCCAGGUGGACGAGCUGCUCGGUUAGAUAGGGGCGUUGCCCAUUCCGGCAGGGGUUUACUUUUAAGUGAGUGCAAUAAAGACUGAGUGGA